AUGGCUGAAGUGAGACUCUUUCCGUGGGCAGAAAAGCUGGUAUCUGCAGUAGCAGCUAUCUCUUCGGAGAUACAAGCUGAUAUGGCAGGGCCGAGGAAGGAUGUUCGAUCUCCUGCACCGCAGGCUGAGGAGACUGAUUUAGAGAGUUCCGAAUGUACACAGAAGACUGGUACCCCCAAUUUGAUUCCUGAAAAGGAAGAGAUGGAAGAAGUUGUAGAUAUGGACGAAGAAGAAGAUGAAGCAAGUCCAGUUAUUGAGGUACCGAGAGGCUUAAUUCAGCGCGAGCCGAAGGAAACUGAAGACAAUGAUUGGGAGGUCUUAUCUGCAAAUUUCUCACAUCAGUCAACUACAGGUGUUAUGGUUCCAAAAGCAGGCUCCGUCAGAUCGAUAACAUCUAUCGAACACGACCAUUCAACUUCGUCGCACACAACCCUAUCAGUUCCUUUCAAAAUUCAAAGAACGCUAUCCUCAUCUACCAUUGAUUCACAGGAUAACGCACUAGGACCAUCAGGCAAGGGCGUUCUUGGCGUUGAUUACGUGGAACAUGUGGUACUUCCAACAGAUACCCUACAAGGUAUAUGUAUUGCAUAUAAGGUCAGCGUUGCGAGUCUAAGGCGAGCGAACCAUUUUUCGGGACAACUUCAUUCCGCACCAAAGAAGCUAUUGAUUCCUUUAUCAAAGCAAGCGCUAAGAACUGGUUAUAUUCGUGUCCAGGAUACCGAUACCAAAGAGUUCAAAUUGUCCUUCUUUCAAGCUGAAUAUCCCGAUAGUAGUCAAACGGAGGCUCGGGCAUACUUGGAGCUUGCUGACUGGGAUUUGAAGGAAGCUCUUAAAUCUCUAAAGGAAGAUAGAGAAUGGCAAAAAGAUGAUAUGUCACCUGACGAUCUAAAGGCUGGGCAAAUUGGAAUCAAGGUUGAUUUCAAGAAUGGGGCGCCGCAGCUAAGUUUGAAAGGUGCUGGUAAAUCAACAGAUACGUCUUCAUCAAUAACGGAAUCAAGACAAAAGGUUGAAGUUCAUCGAAUGGCUCCAGCAAUCGAAUCGAAAUCUGUUCUACCAGAAGACCUCUGCAACGCGGCUCCUCAACACGGGACAGUGGGCGUUGAGCUGAAGACAUUAUCAAAACAUACCUGA